UCGAGCGCGAAACCAAACUGUAAGACACUAGGCGAGUGAACGCGAACUGCGAAGACGUUGCCCGUCGUCGGGCGAAACCUCCUGAUAGGCGAGAGUGAAAGUGGCAAAGCCGGAAAACGGACUCCGAUCAUCUAUCUAGCGCCACAGCUAAUACUCACCGUAGCAAUAUGGCACCCCUUCGAUGGGCGAUCGUAAGCGCGGGCACGACAUCACACGAUUUUGCUUGCGCCAUCUCGACACUGCCGGAAGCGGACCAUCGGAUUGUGGCCGUCGGUGCCCGUGGAUUGGAGAACGCUCGCAAGUUUGCCGAACUGCACGGUAUACCGCGCUUCUACGGUGAUUACGAAGCGAUCGCGAAGGAUGCGGAGGUCGAUGCGGUGUAUAUCGGAACGCUGAGCAGUGCCCAUUACGAGGUCAGCCGGAUGAUGUUGGAAGCCGGCAAGCACGUCCUUUGUGAGAAACCUUUGUGCGUGAAUCGCGGUCAAGUGCGGGCCCUAGUAGACUUUGCCCGCACCCAGCAGCGGUUCUGCAUGGAGGCGAUCUGGUCACGGUUUUUCCCGAGCUACGCCCAUCUGCGCGAACGCACCGUCCGCGGUGAUCUGGGCCGCGUGGAGCACGUGGAGGUGCAGUUCGGAUUUCCCGUGACGCCCGUCGAGCGUGUCCGCAUGAAAAGUCUCGGCGGUGGGGCGGUUCUCGAUCUUGGUGUGAACGCGAUACAGGUGGCAAUGUGGGCUUUCCAGGCGGAACCGCUACGCGUCGAGGCGGCCGGCCAGCUGAACGACGAAGGCGUCGAUGUGGGCAUCACGGCCACACUGCACUUCCCGAACGGUGGUACCGCCCGGUUAAGGACGAGCGCGAUCGACAGGCUCUCGAACAAGGCCGUUGUGACGGGCACGAAGGGAACGAUUACGCUCCACGAUUUCUGGUGCCCGAUCGAGCUGACCGAUAUCGACGGUACGAUCCGAUCGUAUCCACUGCCACCGUCGAAGGUGGAGUGCAUCCUACCGAACAGCGUCGGUCUGCGCUACGAAGCGGAGGAAACGCGCAAACGCAUCCUGGCGGGUGAAUUCGAGUCACCCACCAUGUCGCACCAGGACAGUCUAGCCCUGGCCGGGGUGCAGGAUGCGAUCCGGAAGCAGAUCGGAGCCGAAAUGCCGGAAGACUACAUCUUCAAGGAUUGAAAAGCUUUUGCGGCUACGGAACGGUUGUUAGUUUGUUUGGAUUUUCUCUUCGGUUAAAUAUAAGAAACGAUGGAAAAGAGCACGCAGAAGCGCGGACCAAAGGCAGGCGGGUGCUUUAUACAUUUUCUUUCUUUUUCAAACCCCGCCGUGUAAUCCGAAGCUGCUAAAAUCCGACCCCCACCAACAAACACACGGGCACGUUCUACACGUUGUCUUGUAACUCCUAUACAGUUCUUUAUUCUGAUUUAGUUUGUUUUCUUCUGCUCUUCCGCGCUGUUUUGAUUUUUUACUUCAUAUCGUUAGUAAUAAUACACUUUGCACUCCCCGGGCCGGGUUCAGCGCCGCGGGUGCCACCGUCGGGCCGCGCGUUCUUUACAAGCUAGAAAAUUAUCAACUAAAUUCUUUCAACCAAGGGCCAGGUGACGGUGAAAGAAAACCCGGACCGAACCAUCCUGGCGGGCCUCGUCUUCCUCGCUUUCGCUACACUCUAUCGCCGCGCCGUACACUAUCUUACUCUGUUCAGGGAAAACAACAAACUUUUACCUUGCUACUUCGUCACUUUUGACUUGCAUCGUUCAUCGAUAAUCGGGGGGAUCGUAGAAUUUGAGUAGAAUUGAGAUGGUUGCUUCUAUUUGUAUUUUGUGUUUGAUAUCCCUCCCCCGUUUUGGAUUAGUUUCUCGCAAAUAUUUCAUUAACCGUUCAACUAACUUUCCUACGCACACGCUUGUGUUUUUAACCUGUUUCCUUUUUCCU